AACUCGGAGGAGAGAGGGGUUCUGUGUUUAUAUGGACGAGCGCGAGCUGCGUGUAGUAACUUCAGCACCUGGACAGCGACCUCCGCGAGACAGGCGUCACUCACUGAAGCGCACGGCGCCACGCGCUUCGACAUGGCUUGAAAUACCGCGUUAAAGUGCUUUACUGUAGUCUUUUGUUGUUAAAAAGCCGGACUGUUGCGCAGAAAUAUAUCCACACUGAGUAUCAGAGCCGAGAAGCGUCGGUUAGUGCGGGUCUCGCUCAUUUAGAGGCUUCGCUCUGUGGAGCUGCUCUUCCGGACAGCGCGCGCGAGAAGGAAAGCUGACCUCACUGUACUCGAAGAUGCAGACACCCACCGGGACCGGACUGAAGCUUUUGCUGUGGAUUUUAAGCCACCUCAGCAUCUCUGAAGCAGCUUCUUCAUCCUCCCAAAAAUGUGAUGAAGCUCUGGUCACACCACUUCCCCAUAAUGCCUUCACCAGCUCCUCAGUGUUCACUAGUGGCUAUGCACCUGGAUACGCUAAGCUAAACAAAAGAGGAGGUGCGGGGGGCUGGUCUCCGCUGGACAGUGAUCAUUACCAGUGGCUGCAGGUCGACCUGGGAAGCAGAAAACAGGUCACAGCCAUCGCCACGCAGGGUCGAUAUAGCAGCUCUGAUUGGACAACACGCUACCGGCUGCUCUACAGUGACACAGGCAGAAACUGGAAACCAUACCAUCAAGAUGGCAACAUCUGGGCGUUUGCAGGUAACUCCAAUACUGAGAGUGUGGUUCGGCAUGACCUGCAAAACCCGAUCGUGGCCCGUUAUUUGCGCAUCAUUCCUUUAGACUGGAGUGAAGAGGGACGGAUCGGCCUCAGGUUCGAGAUCUACGGGUGCCCGUACUGGGCUGAUGUGAUUAAUUUUGACGGGCAGGGGGUGAUCUCUUACCGCUUCAAAAUGAAGAAGAUGAAGAUUUUGAAGGACGUGAUAGCCCUGAAGUUUAAAGCAUCAGAGAGCGAAGGGGUGAUUCUGCACGGAGAGGGCCAACAGGGGGACUACAUCACACUGGAGUUGAGGAGAGGCCGGCUCCUGCUGCAGAUAAACCUCGGAAGUAAUCAGUACGGCUCCAUCCUGGGCCAUACAUCUGUGACCAGCGGCAGUCUGCUGGACGAUCAUCAUUGGCAUUCUGUAGUAAUUGAGCGCUACAGGAGAAAUGUCAAUUUCACCCUUGAUCAGCAUACUCAGCACUUCCGCACCAACGGGGAGUUUGACCACCUUGACCUGGACUAUGAGCUGACUUUCGGAGGGAUGCCUUAUUCUGGGAAGCCAGUCUCAGGAGGUAGAAGAAACUUCAAAGGCUGCAUGGAGAGCAUCAACUACAAUGGAGAGAACAUCACUGACCUGGCCAGAAGAAAGAAACUUGACACCUCCAGCUUUCGCAACCUGACGUUCUCCUGCGUGGACACACACACGUUCCCCGUCUUCUUCAAUGGCACAAGCUUUCUGCAGCUGCCGGGGAGGAGGGACCACAAUAUGGUGUCUGUGGGAUUCCAGUUCCGUUCCUGGAACCCCAGCGGCCUGCUCCUGUUCAGCUCCUUGGCAGAUGGAAUGCUGGAAUUGGCUCUAAACGAGGGAAAAGUCACAGCGCACAUUAACGUCACCCAGCAGAAGAACAUGCGGGUGGACAUUGCAUCAGGUUCUGGACUAAAUGAUGGAGAAUGGCAUGAUGUUCGUUUCCUGGCCAAAGAGAACUUUGCUUUGCUGACCAUUGAUGGGGAUGAAGCAUCGGCUGUGAGAACCAACUCGCCUGUCCAGAUCACAACGGGAAGCACGUACCACUUUGGAGGUUAUUUUUUAAGAACCAGAGCAUCUCCCCUCCAGCGCUCGUUCCAGGGUUGCAUGCAGCUCAUUCAGGUGGACGAUCAGCUGGCUGACCUAACCGCAGUGGAGCAGGGAAAGAUGGGAGCCUUUGAGAACGUCAGCCUCGACAUGUGUGCCAUCAUUGACAGAUGUAUGCCAAACCACUGUGAACAUGGAGGCCGAUGCAGUCAGACCUGGGACGGCUUCACUUGCACCUGUGAUGGGACGGGGUACACCGGAGCCACAUGUCACACAUCUGUAUAUGAGCAGUCUUGUGAGGCCUACAAGCAUUUGGGAAGAUCAUCUGAUGCCUACUGGAUUGACCCUGAUGGAAGUGGACCGUUAGGGCCUUUUAAAGUCAUCUGCAACAUGACAGAGGACAAGGUGUGGAUGACUGUGGUGAAUAACCUCCCAGCACAGACGGCAGUGACUGGCUCCAGCCGGGAGAGGCGGACGGUGUUACAGCUGAACUACAGUGCCUCUAUGGAGCAGGUCACAGCGAUAACCAACAGCGCUGAGCACUGCGAGCAGCACGUAGCCUACGCUUGCCGAAUGUCACGCAUACUCAACACACCAGAUGGAACGCCUUACACGUGGUGGGUCGGCCGCGGUAACGAGAAGCACUUUUACUGGGGCGGCUCUGCUCCUGGCAUUCAGAAAUGUGCAUGUGGCAUUGAGCGCAACUGCACCGACUCCAGAUACUACUGCAACUGUGAUGCCGACCAGAAACAGUGGAGGGAUGAUUCCGGGCUUCUGGUGUAUAAAGACCACUUACCGGUCAGCCAAGUGGCUGUUGGGGACACAAAUCGACCCGGCUCGGAGGCCAAGCUGACUGUGGGACCUCUCCGUUGCCAUGGAGACCGAAGCUACUGGAACGCGGCAUCCUUCAACACGCCAUCUUCGUACCUGCAUUUCUCCACUUUUCAAGGAGAAACAAGUGCUGACAUCUCCUUUUACUUCAAGACCUCUGCUCCCUAUGGCGUCUUUCUGGAAAACCUUGGAAACACGGAUUUCAUCCGUCUGGAGUUAAAAUCCCCAAUGGUGGUGUCGUUUUCGUUCGAUGUAGGAAACGGGCCGGUGGAACUGAACGUGCAAUCUCCUGCCCCGCUGAAUGACGACCAGUGGCAUCGGGUCAGCGCAGAGAGGAACACUAAAGAGGCCAUUCUUCAACUAGACCAGAAAUACAAGGAGUUCAGAGCUGCACCUACACAGGGACACACACGCCUGGAGCUCUACAGCCAGCUUUAUGUGGGGAAGCCAGCAUCAUGGGCCUGUCAGGACAGUGCCGCAGGAGGUCAGAGAGGAUUUCUCGGAUGCAUCCGCUCUCUGAAGAUGAACGGGGUGACGCUCGACUUAGAAGAGAGGGCAAAAGUCACUCCUGGUGUGAAGCCUGGUUGUUCAGGUCACUGCACCAGUUUUGGGAUGUAUUGCCGUAAUGGCGGCAAGUGUAUGGAGAAAUACAACGGCUAUUCCUGUGACUGCACCACCACCGCUUAUGAUGGGCCUUUCUGUUCGAAAGACGUUGGUGGUUUCUUUGAGGCGGGAACACUGGUCAAGUAUAAUCUGGUACCUGAAGUGGUGGCUGCCGCCUCCAGCCUGGAUGAGAAGAGCAUAAUCCACAACCUGCCCGUCGAGACCAACUUGACACGUGAAGACCUGACCUUCAGCUUUAGCACCUCUACUUCUCCCAGCCUUCUGGUCUAUGUCAGCUCAAAGACCCAGGAUUACAUGGCCGUGGUGCUCCAUCACAAUGGUACCCUGCAGCUGCGCUACAACUUGGGUGGUCUCAGAGAACCCUUCACCAUUGAUAUUGACCAGAGGAACUUGGCCAACGGGCAGCCCCACACCGUCAACAUCUCCCGGGUGGAGAGAGACAUAGAAGUACAG